AUGGCAUCAGGGGAGUUGGCGACUGGGAGAGCCAAAAAGCUGAUAGAGCGGUUUAAGAACAACAUUGAGGGGAAAAGCACAAUCAGCACCAAUCAGGAUGCCAAUCACUUUCUCGAGGCCACUGACAUCUUAUGUCGAUGCAAAACGCCAGCUCUUUAUGUAGAGUCGAUCAUUUCGAGCGCGAAAGGAGUCGAAACUCUGGGGAGCGUUGUGCGAAGCGAUCUCUCCACGGGCUUCAUCUCAUCUGUCAUGACCAUGCUGAUGAAACAUCUUUCGAAUCCCAUGGUAAAAACCAUCAACAGUGGGCACUUUCUUCAACGCAUCUUGUUCGCGGUCCUGUGCCCCCCUACUUUCUGGUCAGCUGUUCUCCAACACCAGCAGAGUACUGGAUUUAGUGUGGGCGAAGUUGAGACUUUUGCCUGGCUUUGUUUCGAGAUUGUCUCAAUGAAGUCUCCCGAACUCGACACACUGUAUGGCGACGUUGUGGCUUUGAUGGAUAGCCAGUCUCUCAUCAGAGCAGCCUCACAUCCGGUCAGGAAACUGGCCUAUCGAAUCGAAAAAAUCCUGAAACUGCACUCGAUUGCGGCUACCGCAACCACAGGUCAUGGCCCCGGUGGCCGCCAUGACAAUGACUUCGUGGACUUUCGCGCAAUCUCCAUCUAUCCGACCGCAGAUGAAGUCCGUUCCAUGGAUGAACCAUUUCUGCAACGGUUAGAUGAUGUGUUCGAUGUUCCGCGCGAGUCUCGGUCAGCUACAUACCUCUCGUGGCUCUAUCGGCUACUGAGAGAAGACAUGCUUGCAGAUAUGAGGGACAAUCUUGCCAUUGCAUGGGGCCAGAAGAAGGGACGGCGUAAACCUCCCCGCCUUGGCGGACUGAGCCUCGUAGGGUUCGGCGACGGCAGCAAGACGCGUGUUGAUCCACUGGCUCUACAGCUGAAAUGCGAGGAUGGAAUCGUAUUCCCUCGUUCGAUUGACCAGAGAGAUCGAAAAACCUUCCUCGAAGGCUCUGGAAAAUCGUUCAUGAAAAACAACUCUAUAGGCGUAUUGUGCCGCAACAAUGAUAUCAUCGCCUUUGGCUGUCUUAUUCGCAAUGUCGACCUGCUGCUGAAAAAGACACCCACUGUCGUCAUCAAGUUCAUCAACGUAGAGGCAUUGAAGAACUCAUUGGAAGCACUCCUACAUCCUAUGAAAGGUGAACUCCAAUUUUAUGGUGUCGAUACCGCUACUUUUGCCUAUGAGCCCAUCUUGCAGCGUUUGAAGGAGAUUUACGAAAUACCACUUGAAGACAUGGUGCUGGAUCCAAAAUCGGCCACAAGCCUAUAUCAGCCGCCUGAAAAACUGUCGCAAUUAUUGAGGCAACUCCGAGCCGCACUUGACAAGCAACAAGAAGUUAACCUGUCCUCCUUCGGCCACAUGGGAGGAUCUAUCCGUGUAUCUGGUGCACAGCUGGAAUCUCUGAUCAACGGUCUGGAAAACUGCGUUGGUCAGAUACAAGGUCCGCCAGGCACGGGGAAGUCAUUCAUCGGUGCUCUGAUAUCGAGAAUCAUCCUUAAGCUCACCAAUUAUCGGAUUUUGGUAUUGAGCUAUACAAACCAUGCUCUGGACCAGUUUCUCGAGGACCUAUUGGACAUUGGAGUAUCGGAAAGGGACAUGGUGCGGAUCGGUUCCAAAUCGACAACGAGAACCGAACCUCUUCGGCUUGAAACACUCUGCAAACAGCCAGCAUUUCGGUUCUCCUUUGAAGUCAAUGCUACCAUUAGAAAGUAUAAAUCAGAAGCCUCUGACGUCAAUGAACGGCUCGUUGAUGUAGGGGAAAAACUCGCAACCACCUGCGUCGACCCAGAUGACAUACUUACGCUGCUGGAGUUCUCCGAAGAUGCGACACCUUUUUGGCCCGCAUUUCAAGUCCCAAAGCAGGAUGAUGGCUUCGAACUAAUGGGCAAGAAUAACAAGCCGAUGCGAGCAAGUGAAAUUCUGGAGUUAUGGGUACAGGGGCAAGAUUCCGGUGUUGUUCGUGCUCUGCUAGCCUCCAUGGACCCAGCAUCUCGCUCGGUAUGGAGCAUCCCCAUUAGCUCGCGAAGGGAGUUUUUGAAUCAAUGGUGCUCCAAAGUGCGCCAUGACCAGACGCAAGAGUUUGCUAGCCUUGCGGAGAUGUCGAGCAGGAUUCAGCGAGAAAUUGACAGUUUGUACAACGAAUCCAAGCGCAAGGUUCUGCGGAGUAAACGUGUUAUUGGUUGCACUACUACUGCAGCGGCCAUGUACCAAUCUAUCAUCGAGUCAGCACAGCCUGACAUGGUCUUGGUCGAAGAAGCAGGAGAGAUUCUAGAGGCUCACAUCAUCACUGCACUCAGCUCAUCGGUAAAACAGCUCGUGCUCAUUGGUGACCAUAAACAACUUCGCCCCAAGGUAAACAACUAUACCCUCACAUUGGAGAAGGGCGAAGGGUUCAACCUCAACAUGUCCAUGUUCGAAAGGCUGAUACAUCAGGGCCACUCAUAUACUACUCUCCGAGAACAGCAUCGCAGCCAUCCCGAGAUUUCCCACUUCGUCCGUCGCCUGGCCUAUGAACAUCUUGAAAAUAAUCCGAAAACCCUCGAGCGUGAAAAAGUCAGAGGACUCAAAGGGAGAGUUAUUUUUGUUCAUCAUGAGCAUCAAGAGGAGAAACUUGCUGACGUGGCCGAUCGUCAGCCGGGAGAGUCCAAGAGAAACGCAUUCGAGGCUGAAAUGGUGCUCAAGAUGGUCCGGUACCUAAGCCAACAAGGGUAUAAAUCCAAGAACAUGGUGGUCCUGACGCCGUACUUGGGCCAGCUGUCAUUGUUGAGACAGAAACUCAGUCGUGAUCAUGACCCCCCUGCCGCUGCUAAAUUAAACAAACAGCCGCUUCGAUUGUCCACCAUCGAUAAUUACCAAGGCGAGGAGAGCGACAUUGUCAUCGCAUCUCUAACUAGAAGCAAUGCAUCUGGAGAUAUUGGAUUCAUGGCCGCACCCGAGCGACUGGUGGUCCUCAUGUCACGAGCGAGGAAUUGUGCCGUGCUAUUUGGCAAUAUGCACACGUUCACAAAGAGUAAAAAGGGCGGCGAGUUGUGGGGAGGCUUUUUCCAAGCCCUAAAAGAAAAGGAGUGCUUGUUCGAUGGUGUGCCUGUGUAUUGUGAGCGACACCCUGAUCGAGAGGCACUCCUGAAAUCAGCAAAUGACUUCGACCAGCAUUGCCCAGAUGGGGGUUGUUCAGAGCCCUGUGGCAAGCCGUUGAGCUGUGGGAAGCAUGCCUGUGAUCUUCGAUGCCAUCGAGCUAUUGAUCAUUCUCAGUUUCCCUGCAACAGAAGGGUCUCUCAUACUUGUGUUCGAGGGCACAAGUCGAAAAUCCUCUGCUCAACAAAAGUUGAAGGCUGCAAGUCGUGUACUCGCGAAGAUGAAGAGAUUCGCCGGCGUGCCGCACAAGACUUGAAGUUAGAGACCAUGAGACAAGAAAAACAAGCCGCAUAUGCUAGUGAACUUCAAAAGAUUGGCGAUGAGAUUGAUCACUAUGAGCGCGUCUUGGCUUACAAGAGAGAAGAGCAGGCGCAACAGGCUCAGCUGGAAGAAAAGAAGGCCAAGCUCAAGGGCUUGAAGGCAGCCCAAGAAAGGAGAGAUGCAGUUGAAAGUUCCAAAAAGGCACAAGCGCGGAAGGACCAACCUAGGAUGGGAAACAGCAAGAACUCGGGCUCCAAACUUAAGAGUCAAGCACAGCAAGAAUGGGAAUGGAUGAAAGCGCACGGUGAGCCCAGUAAUGAGGCUCUCAACAAACUCAUGGACCUAAUAGGUCUCGAGACUGUAAAGGAGGAAUUCUUGGCUGUCAAGUCCAACAUUGAUACAAAAAUCCGGCAAGAGCUAUCAUUGUCCGAGGAAAGACUGAGCUGUUCAUUGCUGGGCAAUCCGGGGACCGGGAAAACAACAGUUGCUCGCCUGUGGGCAGAAUUCCUUGCAUGUACAGGAGCUCUCCCUGGCGAUGGCUUCAAGGAAACCUCCGGAUCCAAGCUUGCCAAUAUGGGCGUGUCUGGCUGCGAAAAGCUCUUAGAGGACCUGAAGGACAUUGGCGGGGGCGUGUUAUUUAUUGACGAAGCUUACCAGUUGUCCUCAGGGAACAGUCCCGGCGGCAAGGCAGUAUUGGACUAUCUCCUUGCCGAGGUAGAGAACCUCCGUGGUAAAGUGUCAUUCGUUAUUGCGGGAUAUGACAAGCAAAUGGAAACCUUUUUCGCCCAUAAUCCUGGGUUUCCCAGCCGUUUUCCGAUCCAGAUGCGAUUCAACGACUACUCAGACGACGAGCUGCUCCAGAUCCUCCAACGCCAGGUUGACCGGAAAUACAAGGGCAGAAUGGCCAUUGAAGACGGGCCCGACGGCUUGUAUUUCCGAAUAGCUGCUCGUCGAAUUGGUCGCGGUCGAGGUAAAGAGGGCUUUGGUAAUGCUCGUGCUGUAGAGAAUGCACUGGCACAAAUGGAGAAGAGGCAGUCCAGCCGGCUUCGGCAAGGACGCCGGUCCGGUGCCAAACCUGACGAUCAUUUGCUCACCAAAGAAGACAUUAUUGGUCCGGAGCCAUCCGCGACGUUGGUUAAUUGCAAGGCAUGGCAGAGGCUGAAUGAAAUGAUUGGCCUUGCCGAAGUAAAGCAGGAGGUUAGGGUUCUGCUGGACUCACUUACGACGAACUACCAAAGAGAGCUUGAAGAAGAACCCCUCAUGGCCUUCUCUCUCAACCGCGUCUUCAUCGGGUCUCCUGGAACUGGAAAAACGACAGUGGCUAAGCUUUACGGCAAGAUAUUAGCAUCACUGGGCAUGUUGUCGAACGGUGAGGUAGUUGUCAAGACGCCGGCCGACUUUAUUGGGUCUGUGCUUGGACAGUCCGAGGCGCAGACCAAGGGCAUACUCGCCUCGACGAUAGGUAAAGUUCUUGUCAUUGACGAUGCAUACGCGCUGCAAGGUGCCGGGGGUGCCGAUGGCUCGCAUGUAGCCGACCCAUAUAGGACCGCUGUCGUGGACACCAUUGUGGCCGAGGUUCAAAAUGUGCCCGGCGAAGACAGAUGUGUUAUACUUCUGGGAUACAAGGAACAAAUGGAGGAAAUGUUCCAAAAUGUGAACCCAGGGCUCAGUCGCCGCUUCGCCAUCGACUCGCCAUUCGUAUUCCAAGACUUUGACGACGAUGCCCUAUCACGAAUCCUGGAUUUGAAGCUCAAAGAUGGUGGAUUCCAGGCGACUGCGCAGGCCAAGCGAGUUGCGCUGGACAUUCUUUCCCGGGAGCGUAACCGUCCGAAUUUUGGCAAUGCUGGUGCCAUAGACAACCUAUUGAGUAAAGCAAAAGGCGGCUAUCAGAAGCGGAUUUCCGCGGGAAAAGCGAAAAGAAGCCAAUUGGAGGCAGUCGACUUUGAUGACAACUUUGACCGCCGGAGCGCAACUGAUGUAGAGGAACUCUUUGCAGGGGAUAUCGGACGCGAAAAGGUCAUUUCACUACUCAAAAAUAUCCAGGAUAGAUUCAGGCAGCUAAAGAGCCUGGGAAUGGAUAUCAACGAGGAAAUCCCAUUCAACUUUUUAUUCCGAGGUCCCCCGGGCACCGGAAAGACGAUGACGGCAAGGAAGUUUGGCAAGUUGUACUACGACAUGGGAUUCCUCAGCAAGGCCGAGGUGGUCGAAUGCUCAGCAACAGACCUCAUUGGCCAGUACGUGGGACAUACCGGUCCGAAAGUCCAAAAGGUUUUGAACAAUGCGCUCGGAAAAGUCUUGUUCAUCGACGAGGCCUACCGACUCGCAGGGCACGGCUUCGCAAAGGAAGCAGUUGACGAGCUCGUGGACUCGGUCACCAAAGAAAAGUACAAAGGCAAGCUCAUCAUAAUCCUGGCCGGCUACGUCAAAGACAUCAACAAUCUUUUGUCUGUGAAUCCUGGAAUGACGAGCCGAUUCCCCGAGACGAUAGACUUUGACCCGCUGAGCGCUGAGGACUGCCUCAAGCUGCUCACAAGCUCGCUGGCCAAGAGGAAGGCAGACAUUCAACGAAAAGGAAAACUGCUAGACUUGUCUUGCUUGCAAUACCCAUCCGGAGAUUUUGAAAGGAACAUUUUGGAUUUGUUUCGGUCACUCUCAGGGGUCGAGGGAUGGGCCAGCGCGAGGGAUGUUAAGCAGCUUGCCAAGGACAUCUUUCGCAAUGUGGAUCUUUCCUCUCCGUCAUUAAAGGUCGAGCAAGAUGAGGUCAGCGAAGCACUUAACACCAUGCUCCUGAAACGCUCAAAAAUGGAACAGGAUGCUGCGGCGACAGACCUGAGCCUGGGCUUGGCGAAUCUCCAACUCCGCGAGGGUUCGCGACCUCUCUUGCCCUCCCAGAGCAAUAUAUCUACCAAAUCCCGGCAAGAAGAGCGCACAAACAAGACAGAUGACGUGGUCAGUACGGAGGAGCCCGACCAAGACAAAUCGGCCUGCGAUGGCCUGGGCAUUCGGGACGCUGGUGUAAGUGAUGAGGUUUGGGAACAGCUCCAACAAGAUUGGGCCGAGGAGCAACGCCGCGAGGCAGAGUAUCGCGAAUUAAAAGAGGCGCAGAAAUCUGCUACAGACGAGAAUCGGGAACGCAUUGUGCGGCAGUUGAUAGAAGAAGAAAAACGUAGGAAAGAAGAGGCGGCUAUGAAGGCAAGAUUAAUGGCUCUGGGAAGAUGUCCCGUUGGCUAUCACUGGAUUAAGCAAAGCGGUGGUUACAGAUGCGCUGGGGGUUCCCAUUACAUGUCAGAUGGGGACAUCAAUGCCCUUUGA